GUUAGUAUUAGAUGACGUAAAGUGGACCCAGUGCGUUUUGUAGUCGGACGGGAGAAAAAAAAAAAAAAAAAAACAUUGUACUUCAAUGUUUUGUCAUGUGUUUGUCUCGGGCUGUCAUUAACCAGCGGGACUCUCGUGUUCGUCCACACCGACCAGGACGCGUCUGUCUGCGGCUGUUUUGAAACCAGCAGCUCGCUGAUCUCUCACCGACACGAGGCUCCACUCCGGUCUCUGCACCGUCUAUCUGUGUGUUGUUGUUUUUUUAUUGAUAAUGGGAAUCACUAAAACAUACAUUAGUGUCGGCUAUGCCUCCUUCGGGAUGCUCAUGGGCUUCUCCGCAUUCCUGGUGUGGAACAUCGCGUACAGCCAGCCGUGGACCGCAGCCAUGGGAGGACUGUCAGGUGUGUUGGCUCUUUGGACCCUGAUCACUCACGUCAUGUACCUGCAGGACUACUGGAGGACCUGGCUGAAGGGCCUCAAGUUCUUCUUCUUCAUGGGGAUUUUCUUUUCUUUGCUGGCCGUCGUAGCCUUCAUCACCUUUCUGUCUGUUGCCAUCCACAACAAGGAGUCCCUGACUGACCCCCGGAGCCUCUAUUUGUCCUGUGUGUGGAGCUUCAUGAGCCUCAAGUGGUCCUUCGUGCUCGCCCUGACCGCUCACCGCUACCGCAAAGAGUUCGCCGACAUCAGUAUCCUCAGUGACUUCUGAGUGCAGCUCGAACAUCCAGCAGCGGCUGCUCAGACUCUGGAGUUCAUUCACAGCGCUGGUUUCCCAGUCUGAGCGUGUCACAGUGUGAAAGUGCCACAGGAGGAAUCACCGGACGGUAAACAUGCUUUGUGGACGAGCGCCCUGAUCCUGGUUACUCUUUCUCCUCCAUGGCCUGUGUCUCCCCUGCACCUCCUCUGUUUUUUUUAGUUUUUAUUAUGAGCAGGAUUCGUUUGUAGACUUUUCAGAUAAAUCCAUCUCUGUUUUAUAUGAUCCUUGAUUGACUUUAUUUUCUUACCUUUUCACUUCCCCUGCAUUAGACAUGCAUCUGCACACAAGAUAAAUCCUAAACACGGUCAUUUCUAACCAUGCCUCAUGGGGUGAAGGGAAUUAUUGCAUUUCAACUCACACUAAGUAACGGUUGCAGUUUGUUGCUGCAGCCACUAGAGGGCGUCACUCCUCCAAUUAUAUCUACAGUUUAUACAUUUGCUCGCAACUUUGUGAAUUGCAGCAGUGUUUAAUUCUGUCAUUACAAGCUCUCCUCACAAGUUUCACAUACAGUGAUCUAAAGAGGAAAUUUGUGUAACGCAAAUCGCCAAUGCGACGAUGAACUUGACGCCUUAAAGUCGACGAACAUCCAAUCACUGCUUCAACAGUGUGUCAGCGCCUUACAGGGAACAGGUCACUCAAAAUCCUCCACACGAAGGCUUUCUUGUGCAAUUCCGAACAAGCACCACAUGCCCGCUAUUUCUGAGCUACGAAAGGGCAUUUGUAAUAUAUAGAAUGAUUUUUGUAAUAUUUUUUAUCAGUAUGAUAUUAGAAAAAAAAGGAAAACCGGCUUUAAUUCGGCAGUGAUACCACUAAUAUGCAUGCUUAAUGUUAUUUUAUGUUAUAUUGUCCUCAUCAAACCCAUUCAUUGACAUUUAUAUUGUUGCUUAAUGAGAUUCUUUUGCUGUACCUCCUUCAUGUGUUUAUUUCUCUACACUGCUGUCUUAGAAAUGAUUUAUUAUGGCAUCGUGUACUCACGUAUCACUUGGCUGAAUGUAGGAGCGUGUGUUUGUAAAAGAGUGUCUGAGAGUGAUUAUAAUAAAAUAUGUUUUUGAGAUUACUGGA